CCGCCCCCGCACACGCCGAGAGCAUAUAUGCUGCCCGAUUUUGAUACAUCUUCAUCAUUGGCGGCAAUACACUUUAUUCCUGACCUAGCCUCCCCUAGCCAGACCAUAUAGCAGGAAGACAGUCGUCCUUUCUUCUCCUGACCCAACAAUUACGACUACAUGUGGAACUCUUGGAGCUCCCAGCACGAUUCCAGGCUAGAACAAAGAAGAAUUUGCGGCCUGCUCAACAAACUGAACGUGACAAACUUCGACUCCGUUGCUACCAAGCUGAUCGAGCGUCUUACAAAUUGUAGACGGCACGGUGGCGUAGAGACCAUCAAAGCCUUUGCUGAUUCAAUUGCACUACGUGCAGUUGAGGACACCCAACGUUCCCCCCUCUACGCAUAUCUAUGCCGAAAAGUUGACAGAGAGCUUGAGAUGGAGGACAGGCGGUGGACAUGGCUCAACGACGGCACACGACAAUCAUCACACCCAUCAUUCGCCAGUAUCCUCGUCGACACUUGUGAAAACAGAUUCACACAAGCCCUUGAUGAGCGGGCAGCACAGCUGUUCCCCUUGGUUGAAUUCAUAGGGGAUCUGUUGCUGGAUGGUGUUUUGCCCAUCGCCGACGUCCAAGACCUGGUGGACCAACUCUUCACCCUGGCGGAACAAGGUCAGGAGGACAGCGCCGUCGCACUGAGCAGGCUCUGCCGUAGAGUUACUCGAGAAUCAGAAGGAGUCUACAUUCUGGAGCGAUUAGGUGCUUCGGGUAGCAUUGAGAGAGUGCUGGAGGAAGAUAUCAUCACACCAAAAGCUCGUUACCUUCUGAUGGCUGCGGUGGACUUGUUCCAUCAGGAGCUUGUAGAUGUCUUUGAUUCAGCAGCGCUUAGAAACGAGAUUUACAAUCUUGAUGACGAUGAGGCGGAGGUCUCAUCAGAACUGGAUUCAGCACCAACAGAUGUUGGCGAUUCACUUCCUUCGGAGACAACAGCCUGUGAGUUGGAGGACCAAAUCGAGUUUUCCAAGGUGGACACGUAGUGGGCAAGGUCGUCAUUUUAUCCCGCAUUCAUUCCACCCUCAAGGUCAUUGAACGGCUCUGGGCAUCAGAUUGAAUGGAGAU